UUUAGCACCAUGUCGACAGAAGAAGCAGCAGAAGCUAUUAAUCUUUUGGAGAACAUGGAAUCCCAGACAGAAGAUGUCAGUAAACUUAUAGACCAUCUCCUGAAAAAGGCCCACGAGAGAGAAUACCAAACAUCAAAAGGAAUCAGCUUUCUGGAAGUGAAAUACCAGCUCUUGUUAAGUUAUUUGAUUAAUCUGACGUAUAUAACAUUACAAAAAUCCAAGGGAGGAAGCAUAGAAGGAGACCCUGCCAUUGAUAGACUCAUAGAAAUAAGAACAGUGCUGGAAAAAAUGAGACCAAUAGACAAGAAAUUAAAAUAUGAAGUUGACAAAGUUGUAAGAACUGCUGCAAGUGGAGGAACAGAUUCUUCUGACCCUCUACGACACAGAGCUAACCCAGAUAAUUUAAUAAGCAAGCUGGAUGAAGAGUCAGAAUCAGAAUCUGAGGGAGAAGAGAAGAAAUCCAAAAUAUAUCAACCUCCCAAACUCACAGCCAUGCACUACGAGGGAGAUGAGACGAUACAGGAUAAAGAAGAUCGGGCUCUGGAGCGGGCUAAAAAGCGGGCACUUAGUACCAGCAUGCUCCGAGACCUGAGGGAGGAAUACAGCGAGGGGCCAACAGAAAUCAGGGAAACAACAAGUAAACAGAGAUCUAAAGCAGAGAAGAAACUAAGGGAGAGAACAGAGUAUGAAGAGGAACAUUUCAUGAGGUUUGCUGUGUCCAAGAAAGAUAAGAAUGAAAUGAGGAGAGUUGCGGGAUUUUCCUCGCUGAAUAAUUUGACUUACUUUGAUGACAUCAGUGCCCUAACAGAAGGCCAAACCUCUAAGGGUGGGUCCUCCAAGAAAAGGAAGUUGAGUGGAAAGGGGAAGAAGGGAAAGAAAGGCUUCAAAAAGAAAAGAAAACAUUGACAUUAUUUAAGGAAUAAUUAAAUUAGAAUUUCUAAAAAAGAG